AUGUUCCAGACCAGAGUUCAAGAUGGCUCACUGAUUUUUUUUUCUUUCUUUUUUUUUUAUCAUGAUGGCAUUAACCUGGGCCAGACACCAGAGAAGUCUUUUAACUCACCGCCCCCCAUUUGUCCUCAUAAGGAUGCCUGUCAACUUAACAAGAUAACCUCCGUGAAUACUCAGCGUCGUGUGACUUUCCAUCUUCCCGAUGGUUCCCAGGAGAGCUGCAGUGACAGCGGGUUGGGUGACCCUGAGCCCAGCAGCACAGCCAGCACCAACCAGCCUCUCCCCCUCAACUUCCCCCAGGAUGAGUAUUAUGAGCAGACAUCACCCAACAGCCGCACUGAGGGAGAUGGAAACUCAGACCCUGAAUCAACCAUCGAGGUGAACCUGCAGAAAGCUCUAGCUGAGGCCUCUGAGACCUGCACCCAGGAGUGUCUGAUUCUGGGCCACUCCGACAGCUGCUGGAUGCCCCCAGCCCUGGCCCAGUUCCAAGGGUCCGGUAGCAACAGCCCUACCACCACCCCAACCACUGCCGCCAUCAGCGCUACACUGCCCUCCUUUGGCUUCCAGCAGAGCUUUGCCCGGGGAGCCAAAGCUAACAUGAUCAGCAUGGGGGUCAUGGAUGGGCGCCAUACGCUGGGCAGAUCUGUGCCCAAAAAAGAUGACCUGGACAAAGGGAUGAUGCGGCCGCAGUUCUACAACACCCUGGAUAGACACUGCAGUAGUAAGAAGGAGGACCCCGUCAAGGUCAUCCCCCUGGCAAGCUUCUCCUCUCCUGGGCAGCAGAUGCAGACCGGUGGAGGCAGCGACUCUUUCUUACACGAGCACCAGUUGUAAGAGUAAAAAGACAGACCUCCAUUCCCCUGAUAAACAUGUGACUCUACACAUAGACAGCUUUUUGUCAUUGACUUAAUGCUCGAUAUGUAUGCGUACGGGUGGAGGUAUGCAUCAUUUGAAUAACUUUGACCAGCUCCGGCUCUGUUUUACUAAUGAAGACAUCUGAGAAUGGAUUCCAACGUGAUGGUGCUGCUCAGACACUAUCAUACAGGAUCAGUCUGACAGCUGAAGAAUUUGAAAGCAAAUGUACAAGUCCGACCAUAGCAGGCCCAUGUAUAAUUAAUAAAGGUAGUUUCUAUACCAAAGUAGUUCCAUUACAAAAAAAAAAAAAGAAAUUUUGCUUCUUUUUGGUGAUGUUUGCUUAGUGAUAUGAAAAGGCAAUGUACGCUUUUCCUUCCUUGGACCCAGCUUUGUGAAACUGUGUCCUAGAAGAGACCAUUUCAACAUGCAGAAAACAUGCAAAUACAGUGCUUUGUGUUGAGUGAGCUAAAAUGGGCUUAAAUGUUAAUUAUGAGCUCUGGGUGGAUGGUGUUUCUGUUCAUGUUCUAGUGAAUUAUUGCCCUAUAUAACACGCAGCACAAACUCCUUUGGUGGUGGAAGAUGUUUCUUUUGUCUUGCCUGAACACAUUUCAGAAGUCUAUUUUGGUCAGGGGGCUGCAGAAGGAUGAGACAAAAAGAGUCUACAAAGCAUAUCUAGGCCAAUGGUAGACAACACCUGUAAUCUCUCAUAUUUUACAUUUUCAUCAUGGACUGGUACACAAAUUACAACAAAAAAACAACACUUUCUCCAACACAUGCACACAAACAGCUAUACCCAAGAAAGAUGAGUUCCAUAUGGUGGUUGCUCCAUCUUUGCCAACUCUAUUAAGAAAUGUUCACUUAGUAUCUCUGUAGCUUAGCCUUGAAAGGCACAGACAGAUGCGCUUUGAAAACAUACCCUUUGUUUCCCUCUUCUUUGUUUCUAUUUCUCACAUUUUGCUGCUCAGGAACACUUUCACGAUAACAGCUAUGGAGCCAAUUAUGAAAUUCUCAGUCUAAUUACUUUGAUGUGUGAUCUCGGUAGUGAUUCUUAUUGGGGUUUGGAUGUCUGGAUUGGUUCUUUUGGCAAGCCAGAAACAUGCUCUGCAUGCAAAAAGGCAAAGAAAAGGUAACUUCCUUAACAGCUCACACACUCCCUCUCUACCCAUUAUACCAUUAAUAACAUAUAUUGUUCUUGUUCUCCGUAUUUACUAUUGUGUGAUUUCAUGCAAACAAGUUUGGUGGCAAAGUUUCUGUUUUCAUUUUUUUUACCGUUGACAUUGAAAUAAAAGCCCAGGGUGCAAUAAUUUCUGCAGGGCACCCAGUCUAACUGAA